AUGUCGACAUUCGAACCCGUCAUUGUCAUCGACGGCAAGGGCCACUUGCUCGGUCGCCUCGCCAGCACCGUCGCCAAGCAGCUCCUCAACGGCCAGAAGAUCGUUGUUGUGCGAUGCGAGGCCCUCAACAUCUCCGGCGAGUUCUUCCGCGCCAAGUUGAAGUACUCUGCUUUCCUGCGCAAGCAGACCCGUUACAACCCCACUCGUGGUGGUCCCUUCCACUUCCGCGCUCCCUCCAAGAUGUUCUGGCGAACCGUCCGCGGUAUGAUUCCUCACAAGACUCCCCGCGGUAAGGCCGCCAUGGAGCGCUUGAAGACCUUCGAGGGUGUCCCCGCUCCCUACGACAAGAAGAAGCGCGUCGUCGUUCCCCAGGCCCUGAGGGUGCUGAGGCUCAAGCCCGGACGCAAGUACUGCACUGUCGGCCGUCUCGGACACGAGUUCGGCUGGAAGUACCAGGACGUCGUUGCCCGUCUUGAGGAGCGCAGGAAGGUCAAGGGUGCCGCAUACUACGAGCGCAAGAAGGCUAUCCGCCGGCAGAUGGCUGAGGCCAAGAAGACGGCCUCCGUCGACUCCAAGGUCCAGCAAGAGCUCACAUCCCUCGCAUACUAG